ACACAAAAAGCGAGGAAAAACACAGCGAGAGGGAGAAAGACAAAGGUCGUCACAGCAAGUGAAAAUAGCAAAAACUAAAGGGGGAAAAAAACACGAGACAACGGUCGACAAAAAAAAUAAACGAAAUAAGUUUUAGGGCCUAGGUGGUUCAGGUGUUAAUUUCCCAUUUUCGGGUUUUCGGGUUUUUGGAUUUUCGGCUGCCGCCGCAAGUUUGCUGCCUAAGUCUUUCGUUUUAAAGUGGAGCGACUGCGAGCGCCGCUCGAAUGCCCAUUGAAUGCGAAUGAGGGGCGUGUGAGCCGCAUGCCGGCCGGUUCGCUUCGACCGACAACUGCAAAAUAAUAAAACAGAAAUUAUUAUUAUUAUUAUUUCCCUCUUUUUUUUUGUCUUGUUACUGGGGCGCAUUUCCUUUACCCCAAAAUAAUAAAAUAGAAAAAAAAAGAAGAGAAAGAGAAGAAACGUUUUCGUUCCGUUUUUGACCCUCAGAGUUCAGAGUUUAAGUCAAGUCUCCCCUUACCAACCGACUCCUUUCCACAGAAACACAAAACAUAUAUUAACGACUGCAACGAGAGGAGUACCCAGCCACAGGAAAAUAACCCAAGAAAGCAGCAAAAAAUUCGAAUAACAACAACCAAACAAAAAAAAAAAACAUACAAAAGGAGGGAAAAGCGAGAAAAGCCUUCCCAGGGAGAUCCAAAGCAGCUUCUUGGAGAUUCAGAAGCGGCAAUGACGGCGACUGCCAGGCAGUCAGCAACAUCGAGAAAGCAACCUGCGAUCGCAAUGCUCAAUGGAAACGCUUUUACGGUUAAGCGGCUCUUAGCGCUGCUGAUCAUCUUCACAGUUCUGGACGCGAGUCGAGCUCUGGAAUUGGGGGACAAGUGCCAGCAUGACAUGGACUGCACGGAUUUCAUCAAGGGCAGCAGCUGCUCCGCCCUCGGUUACUGCGAGUGCGCCCCCUACUUUGUUCAGCUGGAUUCCAAGCGCUGUUUGUCAUCCCAACUACUUGGCGGCGACUGCCAGCUGAGCGAGCAGUGCUCCAUGAAGGUGGCCAAUAGCAGUUGCUUGGAAGGAGCAUGCCGUUGCGUCGAGGGAUUCCUGCAGUUCCGCAAGCACACCUGUCUGGGACCUGCCCAUCCUGGCGCCGUUUGCUACAGUCACGCCCACUGUCAAAUGUUCGACACCCGCACCCACUGCGACUUCCUCAUCCCGAAUCUUUUCGGACGUUGCCAGUGCACAAGUCCCGCCAAAAUGGUGGGUGGUCUCUGUGUGGCCCCAGCGGCGGAUCAGGAAGAUCAGAAGCAGGAACAACCAAUCGAGAAGGUGGAGCAGCCAGCUAGCAGUACCACAACAACAACGACAACAACCACUCCUAAGCCAACAACAACCACAAGAAGAACAACGACAACAACAACGACGACGACAACCACUCCUGCACCCACAACAACUACCAGGAGAACAACGACCACAACCACGACAACAGCUGCUCCCGUUAUCCUAGAAGAUGAGUUGCCCGCCAGUGUCGAGGAGCAAUCUCUGGAGGAAGACGACGGUGAGAGCACUAAGCUGAGACCCGAGGUCGCUGAGGUUGAUAAUGUUGAAAAAUUGGAGGCUGUGGACAUGGCUCAUGAGGAAACCGAACUGACACAGCAGCAACAUCAAGAGGAGGAGCAGAAGCGUCAAGAGGAGGAGCAACAUAAGUUGGAGGAGCAGCAACACCAAGAGGAGGAGCAGCAACAUCAAGAAGAGGAGCAGCAACAUCAAGAAGGACAACAUCAUGAGGUCGUAGCCCAACCAAACGAACCACAGCUUCCUCAAUCCUCUCAAGACGCCACCACUGGAGUCCAGCAGCUUUUGACGCCCGCAGAUGUUCCUACCGAGAAUGCUAUUAAUUUAGAGCAAGAAACUGAAGCUGGACCCACCGAGGAUUAUCCGUACAAGAUCGAUGAGGAGUACACGGAAGAGCACAAUUACAAACCUGAAACUCCUGAAUUAACUGUGGAUCAGCCUGAACCCGAAGAAGAAUCCCCAGUGGUACCUGAAGUCGCACCCAUUGAGGAAAAUGAAGAGACUGCGGAGGCCUCGGGUGGACAAGAGAUUGCCUCAUCGCCCAUCGACGACACCAUGAAAUUCGAUUAUGAAACUCCAGUGGAAGAAGAAGAGCCAGAGAAGCCAGCCAAGGAGGAGGAGGAGACAGUACACCAUCAGACUAAUGAGGAGGUGGUGCCCAUUGAUACCGAGAGCGAGACUGAUGCGGAGGCCAGCACCGAGCCCCAGAUCCAGACGCAGCCGCUGGAGGAGGACGAGGACCCAGAGACAUCCCAGACUGUGGCCGAUGAAAAACUGAUCCCAGUUAAUGAAGCUGAAACCGAAAGUGUGACGAAGGCAGCCGAAGAAGCUGCAGAGAAACCCGAGGAAGAAACACCUGAGGAUCUGGCAUCGGGGGAUCAUGAGUUAGAUGUUGCUGUGGCCAACAACGAUGAGGAGGAGGCGCCCAAGCAGGAGGAGUCAACGGAAGCGUUGAAGAUCGAAGAGCCAGCCCAGGUGGAGAGUGAAAGCCAAGUUGUCGAGGUGGAAAAACCAGAGGAGCCAGAAACCGAAAUGGAAAUAGAAAAACAAAAUGAAACAGCAGCGACCGAAGCCGCAGAAGUGGAGCUGUCGGCCACAGAAGCCAAGCCAGAUAUGGAAUCUGAGAUCGAUCAGGCGGAACAAAGCGCCGACAUCAAGCCGACAAGUGGCGAAGAUGAUUUAAAUGAAGCCAAUCAAUUAAAUCAAGACCAAGUCACCGAGCCAGCGGCUGUGGAGCAGGAGGAGAUCGAAGAAGAAAAAGAGCCCGAACAGGUGGUGGAAAUCCAUCAAGAUGCAGAUGAAGCCACAACAGAGAAACCAGUCCAAGAGCCCGAGCAAGAGGUGGAGGCAAUCUCCGAAGCGGAGCACGAACAAUUGACAUACCCAACAAAUGAUGAUGAAUUGGCGCCAGUGGAAACAGAACCAGAGCUGACCACAGAGGAACCAGAAAUCGCUGAGAUUACUACAGAGCUGCCCGAACAGCAUAAUGGGGAGGAGACAGAGGAAGAGGCGGCACAAACACAUGAGGAGGAGCAACAGGUGGAGCCCCAAGAAAAUGCAAAUGCAAUUAAGACGCCCGAAGUGUCGGAAGCAAUUGCAGAGCCCCUGGCUGAGUUAGAAAUCCAGUCAGCCACCGAGAAAGAGAUCGAGGCUGAGACCGCCUCAGAUGUUGAGGAGGAACCAGUGGUGGUAACCGAACAGAUUCAAGAAGCAGAACCAGAGUCAGAGUCAGAUGUUGCGCCCGCUAAUGAUGAGGUGUCGCAGGUGGAUGCGGAUCAGGCCAAGCCAGAGCUGCCAAUUAAGAGCGAUGGUGAUAUCUCAGAGGAAGCCACUGAGGAACCCGAUCAGACGGAGAUCGAACCAGAAACCGAGGCCAGUGAAAGUGCCCAGACUAUUCCAGAGAUCAGCAAAGAGCAAGAUGAAGUGGAGAUUGAGAAAAAUGAGAAUGAUAACAUCAUCCAGGGAGCUGAGCCUAAUGAAGAACAGGCAGAGAUUUUAGAGCCUGAAACAGAACCAGAAAAGGAGGAAUCUCAAGUUGGUGAAGCUGAAGAGGAAACUCCAGAGGUUCUGGAAGAGCAGGAGUUUGCCAAACCCGAGUUGGACUACACCAGUGUUGAGCAUCUUCAAGAACUUUCCCAGCCAGAAGAAACGACAGCUGCCAUUGAAGCGGAAGAAUCGGAGCCAGUUGAUACCACAUUGGCCCCUGAGGUUCCAGAAGCACCCAUUGCCAUUGUCAGUGAAGAACACGACCCCGAACAGGAUGCCCAGAAAUUCCAUGAGAGCGAGAGUAUUGCCGAUAUCCUUAGCGACUUGAUGUUGGAAGGUGACAGCACUGUGCCCCCUGUUCCAUUUGGCCAACAACCCGCCCAAACGGUUCCCAUGGUCGAGGCUAACUCUGAGAAUGAGGAGGAGCAACCACAUGAAGCCAUUUCCGAUCUUCAGGCUGAAGCCGAUGAGACCCAAGAUCAUGCGGAGCAAGUGCAGCCGGCUGAGGAACCAGAACACGCAAUUCCCGAACUGUUCGCAGAGGCAGCUAAUGAUGAAGAGCAGGAGGAUGAAGAACAGCAGGUAACCCCUAUUCCGGAGCAGCAUGUUGAGGAAGAACCAUCUAAGUUGUCGGAGGAACAGCAGCCUAUUGAAGAGGAACCUCAGAAAAUUGAGGAAGAGCAUCAGCCCAGUGAAGAGGAGCACAAACCAGUGGAAGAAAAACACCAAAAUGAUGAAGAGGAGCAACAUCAAGAUGAUGAGGAGCAACAUCAAGAUGAAGAGGAGCAACAUCAAGAUGAAGAGGAGCAACAUCAUGUAGAGGAAAAUCAUCAGGAUGAAGCGGAAGCGCCCAAGGAAGAGGAACCAGCCAAUGAAGUUGAGACCGAGUCUUUGCCAGAGGAAGCCACGACAGAAAAAAUCGAGGAACUCGCAUCCGAACCCGAGGAAGAAUCCACCCCCUCCCCCGAACUUCAUCCUUUCGAUCUUAGCGAUCACUCCGACGCGAACCGCUUUAAUGAGCUGCAAUCCGAAAGCCUGAUACUGGAAUCUACCACCAACAUCGAUGGUCUUCAGGAACUUGAUAAUAACCACAUUGAGGAGGAGCCCGCAGCUAAUCAUGUGAUCCCGCAUGAGGAAGCCACACCAAAUCCCGCUGACAUCGUCGAGAUCACCACCCAGACCAUGUUGGGUCUGGCCAGUCGGGUGACCCUCAUGGAGCCUGCUGCUCCCGUCGUUACCACUUUGAUGCCGCUGAUGACCGCCGAUGAACCGACUCCGGAACCAGCUUCCCCAGCUGUUAUUCUUCCUGCCUCGCUAUCUGCUAUUAAACCAGGUUCCGAGCUGCGCAAACGUGUGGAUUUGGGUCUGGAGGCAGUUUCUCUGGGAUUGGCCUGUACCAACGAUCGUCAGUGCCAGCUGGCUGAUCCUCACACCGUGUGCAAUAGACGAGGAGUCUGUGAUUGUGCCGCCGGCGAACAGGGAACCCAGUGCAGCGCCGAGAAAACCGGAUGCAGUCCCGGAACCUUCCAGUGCCGCUCGAGUGGCGUAUGCAUCUCGUGGUUCUUCGUGUGUGACGGCCGUGCCGACUGUAAUGACGCCUCCGACGAGGAAUGCACCCACAACGCCCGCCUGAACCAGAGCUGUCCGACUGAAUCCUUCCGUUGCCAGCGAAGCGGUCGCUGCAUCUCCCGAGCGGCCUUGUGUGAUGGUCGACGGCAGUGUCCUCAUGGCGAGGAUGAAAUGGGUUGUGAUGGCAGUCUGAAGGGCGGUAACGCCUGCCCCGAGCACACUUUCCGCUGCGGCAGCGGUGAGUGCCUGCCGGAGUACGAGUACUGCAAUGCGAUCGUGUCCUGCAAGGACGGCAGCGAUGAGCCCCCACAUCUUUGCGGCUCUCGCGCCCUUCCUAAUCUUUUCAUGCGCCUUAUCGAGGCCGGCGGUCUGCUCGGCGGUGGACGGCGGGAGGCGGACGCCUACUGCCCGCAUCGCUGCAGCAACGGACUGUGCCGGUCCACCGCAAUCGUCUGCUCCGGACGAGAUGGCUGCGGUGAUGGAACCGAUGAGCAAACCUGCGCUGUGUGCCGUUGUCCCGCCCCGACUGCUGCCAGUCUGCCCGCUUUCUUGGCCCGGCAACGUCCAAUGCCACUGUGGUAGGAACAUGAAACACCCAACCACUUGAACACCAACCACUUCCGGUCACCGUUUUAUCACUAAAUGACCGACGUUUUGCCACACACUGUCUUCCGACCCUUCAAACACUAUCGCUAUACCCAACCGCAUUCGAAACGAUUUUUGUCUAGCAUUUAAGUGGAUAUUUAAAAACAUUAUUUAUUUAUUUAUUAUAUCCUUAGCUGCGCCCAUGCCACGCCCAAUUGCCACCUUGCUAUCAAAGGGGGUACUUACGUCCCCUUUGAGCCGGUGAUGUUUGUCAAUUGUGCCACUGGGCGCAACCCUAAACCACAUAUUACACCGCACACCACAAAAAACACUACACCACCACCCACACUUCGCCCCCAUUUCGACUAUUUAUUCUAUUCAUCUAAACCAUCAAAACUAUUUAUUUAUAUACCCAAAAAAACUUCACCCACAAACAAAAGACACUAAAAACACUCGAAAAGGAUUCUUCAUUUAGCUUAGUUUUAUGCAAUUUUCUAAUUUAUUUAAAUUAUUGGCCAGGCAAACCAGUAACGGAAAAGAUAACCAUGAAAACCAUGACAUGAUGCAUUUUUAACGAUAAAUAUUUUGUAAAUAAGAGUAAACGUGUUCGAUGUACAUGAUAAACGACAAUGCCUAUAAAGAACGUAGGGUUAUCCGACAUAAAACUAUCCGAUCGUAUCCCCUAUAUAGUUUAUUAUAUGUACGUACGUGUGAGAGCCACUCACACACUUUUCUCAAAGUCAAAACGCAUCACAGUAAAGCUAAAAAAAAAGAAACGACAAUAAAAAAUAUAUUUUUAGAAAACUAUUGAAAAAAUAAA